AAAACCUUUUCUUCUUUCCCUAUAUGUUCUUGAACUUCUCCAAGCUCGCAAAACCGAGGGAAAACCAGAUACAGAAUCGAGCCGUCUCUUCUUUCUCGAACAAGCCAUCCAUGGAUUCUUCAACUAAAGGGAAAGGGAAAGUGAUUGGCAAUGAUGAAGAGGAGAGCGAAGAGACUGUGAGAGUACCAAGACCCAAAUGGUACGUAGCUUUGAUGAACGAAAGCUUUCAUGGAAAAUGCAGAAUCCAUCAGAACAAUCGGAGAAACUUCUUCUGCUUCAUUUGCCGCACCGCCUUCUGUCACGAUUGCGUCGAUCCUCACUAUCCUCACCCUCGUAUUCAGGGGAUCGAAGAUGGCAUGGUCGGACUGGAGGAGAUCUCCAAGCUCAUGGACUGUUCUGAUAUUCAAACUCGUUUUUCUGCUUAUGAUGAAAAAAAGAUACCGCUGAAACCGAAGCACACAGAGAUGUCCAUAAAAGAGUGCAAGAAAUUCAUAUCCAAGGCUUUCAUGUUCUGCUCUCUUUCUUGCAAGGUGGAGCAUGAGUUAGAAAAAGUGGGUGAUUUGCACAGAAUCUGUGUGCUUGAAGAUUCAUCAGAGAGCUCUUCAGAAGAUGAUCAAACAGUCUCGGGCUCUGGUAUGGAUAUACUGAUGAACAGGAAACAGAAAUAAGAGGGAAGAGAUUUAGGGGAGGAGAAAGAACUGAAUGGAGGAGGAAGAAACGAAGCGGUCAGAAGACUGUUAAGCUUUGUAAGAACUUGAUACCCUUUAUAAAAACACUGAAAAGGGCAGCAUCAGUCAUUCUUAAAGCUCAAAAUUUUCUGGGUAAAGUCUGCAACUUUAUUCAAUAUAUGCUGCACUGUACAUGAACGGUAGUUAAUUGAACAAUCCUGAGGAUUGAAGUUCUUGUUACGUUCAGUUUCUUGAGUUGGA